UUGACUGUUUUUCCAACACCUUUUUUUGUGCAGGGUGGAGCUGGGACCUGGCAAGUUCACCUUCAUGGAUCCCCUCAACCUAUCCUGGUACAACACCGGGGACAGGAACUGGAGCAAGCCGCUCAACGAGUCCAGUGCAGACCAGAAGCCUCAGUAUAACUACUAUGCCGUGCUGCUCACCCUCCUCAUCUUCGUCAUUGUGUUUGGCAACGUGCUGGUCUGCAUGGCUGUGUCCAGGGAGAAAGCCCUGCAGACCACCACCAAUUACCUGAUCGUCAGCCUGGCGGUGGCGGAUCUCCUGGUGGCCACUCUGGUCAUGCCCUGGGUGGUCUAUCUGGAGGUGGUUGGGGAGUGGAGGUUCAGUCGGAUCCACUGUGAUAUCUUCGUCACCCUCGAUGUCAUGAUGUGCACCGCCAGUAUCCUCAACCUGUGUGCCAUCAGCAUUGACAGGUACACGGCCGUAGCGAUGCCAAUGCUGUACAACACCCGCUACAGCUCCAAGCGCCGGGUCACCGUCAUGAUCGCCGUGGUCUGGGUGCUCUCAUUUGCCAUCUCCAGCCCAAUCCUGUUUGGCCUCAACAAGGCAGGUGAGUUGUGCCACCUGCAGCUGGCUGCUGGCAUCUACCUGGCUCUGCGGGGCAGAGUGCUCCUUCCACUCUGGGUGCUCUCUGACAGAGGAGGGGGAUGUUGGUGCAGGUCCGACAGCAGUGACAGUGAGCCUGAAACCUUCUGUCUUCCAGAUGAGAAGGAGUGCAUCAUUGCCAAUCCCGCCUUCGUCGUGUAUUCCUCUGUCGUCUCCUUCUACGUCCCCUUCAUCGUCACCCUGCUGGUGUACGUGCAGAUCUACAUGGUGCUCCGCAGGCGCAGGAAGCGCGUCACCACCAAGCGCAGCAGCCAUGGCCUGGACUCGGACACGCAGGCGCCGCUGAAGGACAAAUGCACUCAUCCAGAAGACGUGAAGCUCUGCACAGUUAUUGUGAAGUCCAAUGGGAGUUUCCAAGUUAAUAAGCGCAAAGUGGUGAGUGUUAAAGAGAAGUGGUAUCACAUAGAGAUGGAAAUGGAGAUGGUGUCCAGUACCAGUCCCCCUGAGAGAACCAUUGCCAAGCCAGCAGCACCAAGCAACCACCAGCUGGUUGUGCCCGUUGCCUCAAGCCGGUGCACCUUGGACAGCCCUGGGAAAGUAGAGAAGAAUGGACAUGCCAAAGAAAAUCUACACACAGCCAAGGUCUUUGAGAUCCAGUCCAUGCCUAAUGGCAAGACAAGGAGCACUCUUCUCAAGGCUAUGAACAGGAGGAAACUCUCACAGCAGAAGGAGAAGAAAGCCACCCAGAUGCUAGCUAUUGUACUUGGUGUUUUCAUCAUCUGCUGGCUCCCGUUCUUCAUCACUCACAUCUUGAACAUGCACUGCGAUUGCAACAUCCCCCCAGCAAUGUACAGCGCCUUUACGUGGCUUGGAUAUGUCAACAGUGCUGUCAAUCCAAUUAUUUACACCACCUUCAAUAUUGAAUUUCGCAAGGCUUUCAUGAAGAUCCUCCACUGUUAAAAGCAAAAACAUUAACCACAAUUUUACGAAUGAGAAAAAGAAACCAAUGCCAUUCACGCGCACAAACAGGCAGCCAUGGAGAGGUCUCGAGCUCUUGUGCUGGGCAUGAGGAGUGCAGUGCCAUGGAGUGCCGUGCCCACAGCCUCUUGGCAGGGACAUCAUGAGGACCUUCAUGCUGAGGUUCUCCCACUCCUCGGGGCGACCUUUGGGCUCCGGGACAUCCAUCCCAGGGGCACGUCUAAGAGUUACCCUCACACUGUGUUUGAAGUGGAAGCAAAAAUCGAGACACACUCGCUUGAUUCUUGCCUGUGGCCAUCUAACCUUGAGUGCAUUAAACACAGACACUCGCAGAGCCGCAUGCAGGCAGUGAUGAGUCACUGCUGCUGGCUCGCGCAUGGAGUCACCGAUACGGUUCUCACCAAAGACAAGAGCAUCUUUUCCGCUUUGCAAUAGGAGCCAGACAGAGCUUGCAGAAACUCCAUACAACAUCUUUGCCUUCACCUCCAGCUGACUUACCCACUAUCAAACUGCAGCUGCAGCCCUGAGGGAAAACACAUACAAAUUUAAGAGGUCCCCAGGUGGGUGAAGAAGGCUCUGCCACCUACAGAUCCAACCCCUGCUACAAGCAAUGGGCAGAAGGAGGAGGGGGAGCAUAAGUCUCAUGCAGGACCGCUACAUCAGUGUAAAUAUGAGUAAAUAGGAUGAAGAACAGAAGCCCAUGCCAAAAAAUAAAAGGAGAGAGAAGUUAAAGAAGUGAUACUUCGUACUGCACAGUAUGCACUCGGAUCAAACAAGACACCAACCAUUACUGAUUGUCAGCCAGCCCAGCAGCAAUUUCUACCCACCAGCAUUUCAUCUCCAGACUCUCUCAAGAAGUAAAAGCCAGAUGAGGAGUGGUAGCAUGAUGAAUGUAGAGACAUAAAGGCUGUGCCAGGAGAGGCUGUGCAUCUGGGGCCACAUCCGUUUCAGAUGUGAACUUGGACAGGACAAGUUAGGUCCGGUUAUUCCCACCUACCUUUAAGGCACCUUAAAGCCAAGGAUCACCUCAGAUAUGGUUUACCUAUGUUUCUCAACAGAGAGUGUGUAAAGUAACGUCGUGCCUACUUCAAAUUAAUAGCAAAUGAGAUCAAGACUGUGUAUUUUGGAAAAAAAAGCCAGAAUAAAAGCCCAAGAAUGUCCCUAGCUAGACCUGUUCUGUGUCCAUGUGGGACUCUGGAUGGGUCCGGAUGUUUCCAGCAUCCCUUACCCUCUGCUAUGUUUCAUAGUUUAAAACAAAUGGAAAUCCAUAACAGCAUAAUGUCACCAUGAUGACUCUGGCAUUGCCAAAUCCACUCUAUGCUUAUCGUACUCAGUUCACAACAUAUUUUGUAAUAUCUCUGUAAAUAAAAUACAGUAAGAUGAAUAAAAUGACAUGGAAAUAGGUCUGGCUAGAAACUGAUGUAGGCUCUGGAGAGCUUGAUGAUGACAAUAGCCAUAUGCAGAGGCAGGCUCCCUCAUUCCAAUCACCCUCUGAUUCCUGAAGAUGUUAAAGCAAUCCAGAGAGCAAUAUAAUCCCCCUUUUCUCUAUGCAGUUUGUGGAAUAUCCACUCAGUUUCUGCUUUAGAUCAGACAAAGACCGCUGCCAAGCAGCACUUCUUUUAUUAUCUGUUUUUCCUAUAUGGUUAACCAAGUGUUUUCCCAUGGGAUGGGCUGCACAGGCUGUAUGUGUUCCAGCUGUACAUCAAGGAGAGACUGUGUCAGGUGGCUGUAACACAUGCUCUCAGUCGUCUUCUGAAACCAAGGCAGGAGUCCCACCUUGAUCCGAAGCCUUCCCAUCUAAUCCUCUGUUCCUGGAAGAAGCUGAUAACCAGUGUUAUUAGUAUUUUGCCCAUGGGCUUUUAUAACAUUUGAACAUGGCUCUUCGAGAUCUGGUCACAGCUAUAAAUUUAAAUUACAGAUGACUGAAUGUGUAACUCAAGAGGUCUCAGGCACAGAAGCCAGAGAAGUUUCAACCAGGUAUGUGCAUGCAGUGAUGGGAAUCAAUUCAGACUGGUCUCAAUUAAAAGAUUCAAAGAAUCAUUGAAUGAGAGGAAAAAAACAUUGAUGAGCCAAUGCUUAUUUUUCUAUCACAUUUACAAAAGCAGAAAUGUGCCAUUUGACUCUGUGAAUUCCCAGAUGAGGAGCUGAACCAAAACAGAAAAUAAUAUGCAUGUACACAAAAAAAACCCCAAAACAAUUAAAGCAUUUGGAAGUCGCCAUAGGUGAUAUUUCCUCUUUACUAACGCCUGGUGUGGGCCCUGAAAAUUACCCAAAUGUGGAUGAAAUGUCAACCUUGUGCCAUAACUUUACUUUCUGUUCAGUGUUAACUCAGGAUGGGACAAAACCACCAUCUGUACUUGCUUUCUGAAUCCAGCUCAACACAUCCAAUUUUGAGUUCAUCUGGUGAUGAACAGCUCUUCCAUGGGGAGAAAGCAGUUCUCAGAAGGAGUCUGUGUUCUUCAUAAAUUUGCUAGUUAGGGUAAAGGAGGACGGGUAUAUUUUCAUAGAGAUUACGUAUUUUUUGAAAAGAAUUACCCACAACCCAUCAUCAUGGGGAGGCCUCAUUGCAGCCUUCCAGUACUCAAAGGGAGUUUACAAGCAGGAGGAGAAUGACUUUUUACACGGGCUGAUAGUGACAGGACAUGGGACUAUAAAAGAGGGGAGAUUUAGAUUGGA